GCUUUGUCCACGGGAGUUUGCCGGAGUCCUGCUCCUCAGACAUUCGAAAGGAUCGGCAAGCAAAAAUGCUUUCGAAGAACUGGAGAAAAACUGGAGAAAACCGCAAUAAUUUUGCAAGCUUGUGAAUUGUGCCGAAACUGGCUGCCUCCUCGCGGCUGCUCCACCCGCCACCUCGCUGUCUUCCUCGUGUCCAUACAGCACAAAGAAGCUGCGGAAAUUACAGAGCAAACUGCUGAGGCUGUCAGACGGAUGCAAACACACGGGAAGAGAACCGAUGCAGACACCCGGCAUCCUUCGCGGUCGCUUUGUCUUUUGUCUUGUUGACCAGGGAGGAGGGAAAAAGAAGAAGGCGACGCAUGCGCUUGUCCUGUUCAACCCCAGAAACAGGGGAAGCAGUUUUUCUAUGCAAGAAUACGGAGGUUUUCUCACCAGUUCUUCGUCCAGGUUCUCUGCUGCGUUCUCUCUCUGCCUGCGUAUGAAGAUCAGGAGACUCGAGACGAAAGACUAGCGGGCUCCGUGGAGGAAAAGCGGCAGAACGGCAGACCCCUGGAGUCAGUGACCUCGAGAGGGCUGCAGAAUUGUCGCUCGUGUACACAACAACAGGUGUCGAGUCGACAAGAGUGCGUCUGUGUAUUCCGUACAGACUAUCUCUAGAAAGGAUACUAUCCAAGUGAAUACCAUGCUAUCUGUGCAGCUGGUACACGGGAAAAUGGCCGCUGUGCCGAGUCUGUAGCCUGCUCGAAGAAGAGGAGCGAAUCGACGCUCCUCUUCCCGUUUUUCCAUUUUCAUCCCGCCGUCCCAGCUGACAGAACUCUCUUGCUGGCAUUUUCUCGUGGACUGGUCCCGCGGGGUUUUAAGUCGAGUUCACCAAACAAGACCAGAGAAAGACGCCGUUUUUCCACAGGCACCGCUUUCGUAGCCAAAAAGAGCCAGUGAGGCUUGGGAAAAGGAAAUUUACCGACUGAACGCAGGCGCUGUCGCUCUUCGUCCCUUGUCGAGAUUGCAUCGGGAACGCAUGCAGACCCUUUGGCGAGACAGAAAGAACGUCUAGACGCAUAGAGAAAAGACAACGUUUUUGAGUCUGCGCUGCCGAUCUCUGUUAACCUUCCAGGUUUUGUUCAUCCGCGACCCACAUGAAACGCGUCUGAGGGAUGUGUCUGGUACACCUCACUCUUCGCUCCGCUGCCUGUUGUCUUUCUUGUCAUCCAAGUCAACCAGACAGGUUUUCUGUCUCAGCCUGAAGACGCCACCGCCCGGCGACUGCCUCUCGACUUUCGUCGUAUGGGAAGCGAAAGCGUCCGAUUCCCCUACAGGUAAAGAGGCUGCGUUAGGCGAAUUGGUAUUCUUCUUCCCUCCUCAGCUACCGGUCUCGCUUUCCUUUACUGGACCUGUUCCUCUUUCUCUACACAGUCUUCUUUUUUUCCUCUUCUUCCUCUUCGUCAUUCCUCCUUUCCUCCUUCUUUCCUGUUCCUUGUCUUCCUGUCCGUAUUCCUCUUCGCUCGCCGUCUGUCUCUCUCUUUUCUCCUUUGUGUCCGCUGCUUCUCUCGGGCGCUGUGAUGGAAGGCGCUGAGGAUCGACGGGAAGACCUGGGGGCCUGGGUCGACUUGUCCCAGCCAGGAGCGACGACGCUUUUUCCCCCUUCGCGCGCGGCAGACCAAGACGAAGCUUCCUCUCCCUCGCCUUUCUCCUCUCUGGCUGGCGCCCGCAGCGUCCCUUCUUCGUCUCUCUCGCCUUUCUCGCCGGGGGCCUUCUCGAACGAGGGAGACGCGGAGGAGGCGAAGAAGGGAGAGGCACAGAGACAACAGGGACAGGGGGGGUUCCCAAGUGCACACUCCGAAGGAGCGCAGAAGGCGCAGCUUGCCGAGGAUGUAUGGGGCGUUGCGGAAGGCGAGAAGUUGCGAGUGAGGACAAGCAACUGCCAAAGGUCCUCCAGCAAGGCGGCAGGAGCCUUCGAAGACGGACCGCGGUUUCCGGGCUGCCAGACAGAGACAGAGGGAUUCUCUGCACCGCAGUUUCAGCCUGCCGCGAAACCGUCGCCAGAGACCUCGCAUGGACCGAACAGACCGCACAUGCCGCGAAUGCGCAGCGAGGAAAUUGGCAAGGUUUCUCAUCUCUCGUCGGCUUCUAGAGGUUCUGGGAACACUGGGAAAAGUGUGGAGAACCAACGGCUCCCUUCCUUUGCUUCACAGGUCUCUUUGCCGGGCUGCACUGCGGGUCAAGCUGCCGUUACCUCCCGGGCACCCCCGUCGCUACAGGUCGCUUCCAGAUCCCUCUCUGUGCCCGAUACCUUCCCUUCUUCUUCGCCUUCUUUGUCUUUUUCUUCUACCUCCUCUUUUUCUUCUUCAUUCUCUCCCGCAACCUUCUCCUCCUCGGAUCUGUUCUCAAAUUCCCUCCCGUCUUCCUCUUCUCCUGGCAUAUCAAAGUCGAUGACGCUGCCGGCACCGGACACACGUUCGCGGCAGGCACUCCCAGGUUUAGCGCAUGCAUCUUCAGACCCAAAAUGUUUCGACUUUGACUUCACGUAUACGCGUUCGGGCUUCCACCGGCGCGUGUUGGCCUCACCGCACCCACCCAUCUCCUCUCGGCUGCAGCACCCUGGGUCCACUGCGAAUCGCAGCUCUCCCGCAGCUCCUGGCUACGUCUCGCUUUCCUCUUAUCCCCAGUCUGUUCGUUCCUCUUUGUCUCGCGACCCUGCCAGUCUCGCCCGGUGCUCCACGCAGUCCUGCCCUCAACCUCCAGGGCCUUCCGACCCUCAUCGCCAGCUCUCCUACGCCGCUUUCUUCGAUCAAGCCACCCCGAAGAAGCCUGAGCCUAAUAAGCGUUCUGAUUCUAGCAGACAUCCUGAUUCUUGCAGAGUUUACGAUUCUAACAAACACUACGAUCCUAAUAAACAAAGUGACUCCAGUAAACGUUCAGAUUCUGGCAAACUUCAUGAUUCUCUCAAGGCUAUGGGGUCUGAGCGGAAUCAGGCGGGCUUUCUCCCUGGGGACGUCGCCUCUUCCUCGUCGGCCCCCGUGGGGGCGGUUGGCCCGCAGCGACUCUCUCGGCAUCGCGAGGGCGACGAGGCCAUAGAUGACAGGGAGAGUUUCCGGUCGAACGAAUCGGUGGCAAAGCAGAGGACGUUGAAGCGUGUCACCAGUGCCUCUUCUGACGGCGCAGACGAAGAAGUGAAGCAACCUGCUCAGUACGGAGACCUGCAGGUCCUGGUGGACAUUGACGACACCAUUCGGUCCAGUGGAGGCGUGACCUUCCUCUCCGUCUCCCUCGGUGGCAUCGACACUCAGUACGAGAGAGGAACCUUCUAUCCCGGCUGUUUCCAAUUUCUCUUCGAGUUGUCUUGUCACGGUCUGCGCCCCAGUCAGCGCCCUCUUUCCCUCGGAGUCCUCACCGCUCGAAUUCCUCAAGUGCCGAUUACGGCGGACAGUGUGUUGAACCAAAAGCUGCGCGAGACGGCGCUGCGCCGCGGGAUUCGAGGCUGGGGCAUUGACUGCAAAAACAAAGUGUUAUAUUCAACUCUGAAUGAAUGGAUUUUUCCGAGCGAGAAAGGCAAGAGGAAGUUCGAGAAUCUUCUCCUGCUCCAUUCCAAGCUAUCCGCCACGCACCCCAACAUCAAAUACGUAUGGAUAGGCGACACUGGAGAAAUGGAUCGCCACGCUGGAGAGAUGAUGGCUCGGCAAAUGCCGCACACCUUGAAAGCCGUCUUUCUCCACUACGUCGGAGACUACGGACGCAACUCAAAAAUGCCUCAAGACUACUUCGUUAACGGCGUCCCGACUGUCUUCUUCAGGACGUACAUUCGAGCUGCCCGGCGUGCUGUGGAUUUGGGGCUUCUCGACAAGAAGGGACUCGCCCGCACGAUGGUUCAGGCCGUCGCAGAUCUGGACGCAAUGCAAAACACACCAUCCGUCUCGACCAAGUGGAGAGAUAUCAUUUUCGACAUUAGGAAUGCAGAAGCACUCGUGCCGCUGAAGGGUGCAACCCUACCGCCGCUGGUUCGCACACGCGAAAUUGUUCACCGGAGAAUCACUGAAAUCAAAGGAGCUUUGGAGAAGUUCCGCGCGAAGAAAGGCGCCUCGAGCGGCAAAGCCCAGGCCGCCAUCGGGGACAGGAAGCCUGCCGAGCUCCCCAAGUCAGCGUCCUUCUCUUCUUCUGCAGCUCUUGCUUGUUCUUCGCUAAAAAGCUGCGGAUCUUCUUCCUCUUCUGCUAGCCUGCUGGAGGCGAGGCACCGAGGAGAAGAGCGAGUUCCAGAGAGCCUCAUCACUCGGGCCGCGCUGCACCAGCGAGAGGAAGAACGGCGAGAAAGCAGCAAGCGGGGGGAAACGAAGCCAGGCGAGGAAGGCUUCGAGGUCCUUGCCCCUGCAGCCACACAGCGGACAUCUGAGGCAGGCACCGGCCUCGCUGCUGAGGCUCUUCGUCGUCGCCAAGAAGAACGUUCCCUUUCUUCUUCCGAGUUGUCUCACUCUUCUUCUGUGCCUUCCGCGGCUUCCUUUUCGCUUCCAGCUGCGUCGGUGUCGCCUCAAGAGGCGUCAUGGGUGGAGGUGCGUUUCGAUCCGGCGACGGGUGGCUUCCCAGUUCGGGAGGCCGCGGAGCGCCAGCGAGGAGGCAGCUGGCGCACCGGGAAAGACAGGGAUUCCUUCUCUUCAGAGCCGUUCUACAAAACUCUUUUGCAUGCGUCGCAGGCGUCGGGCGACGCAGGCUCGGACGGAGACUCAAGGGGUGUGUCGGAGGACCUGGGCAGCGCAGCGCAGGGCAGGGAGAGAGAAGCCGAAGACCCGUGGUGGAGUGAAACUCUUGAGACACAAGCAGGCGGCGAAACAGUGAAAACAGCAGCAGAGAAGUCGGCACGAGAUAGCUCGCACGCGGACGACAUCGAACUCCUCGACCUUGCUCCCCAAGGCGAAGAGUCCACGCGACAGGCCGACGAAGGACCCGAAAAAGGAAACUCACACAGCGACGAAAAACGACACAAGGAAGAAGGAAACGGUCAUGGAGAAGAAGACGAAAAAAGACACAACAAGGGAGAAAGCGGAAGAGCAACAGAAGAAGGAAAGACUUCCGACUCUCGAGAGGCACCGGAUGCGGCUGCUGCUCUUCUCUCUGGUGUCUGUACACCUGUAGAGCGGGAGGCUGCACUGCCGACUGGCACAGCUCCUUCUCUGUUUUCUUUUGAGGACUCGGAGGGUCUAAAACUCGACCAGAGGGAGCGCAGUUGCGAGCAGACUCCAGAUGCGAGACAGAAGCCAAACAAGGGCAGAGAGAAAGAGACAUUCCUCGAGGAAUGGAAAGCACCCCCGAAACGCGAAAGAUCGCAUGAACAGACCAAGACGGAGCCUGCCGAUCUCCUCUCCUAGCGAAAACACGAGAGACCCAUUAUUCCCUCAGGUGCUAAAAACACAGGGAAACGCUGAAAACGCUGCAGACACCCAGGAUCCCGGACAAUCCCAUCCAAGUACACAGUUACACAUGUAUAUUUUUCAUAUAUAUAUAUAUUUCCAUGUUUAUAUAUUCAUAUAUCUGUGAAUGUAUUUCUAUAUACGUGUACAUGCGCAUAUAUAUAUAUAUAUAUAUAUGCAUGUAAAUUUAUUUGAUUCAGGCUGUUUAUUUCAACCUUCAAGCUGGGAAACUCAAGGGGAGCAGAGCACUCCGAGUCGAUAACUGUGCAUGCACUUACUCCAGUGUUCGUGUCGAGUGGUAAAUCGGUUCUGUCUAUGAGGGAACUUCGCGGGUAUUCUGAGACAUUUGCAGACGCGUGGCCUGUGCGUUUCUAAUUCCUCGAUUCUCCACAUGCACCACAGGGAAGUAUAAAGAGAAACAAACGAGAAAUCCUUGUCCGAAAGAGAGAACGAAUGCACAUGGAUUCACAGGGGAGACGGUGAAGUUCUUUCAAUCUUGGUCUUCUGGGAGGAGCUCUCUGGCGAAAAGUAUCUGCCUUUUCCCGCUCUCUCGGGAGGGCGGUGUGUUUUGAUAAAAUUGUCUUGGUAGUUUGCAUGUGCUCCAAAAAAGAGUUUACGAAGGGUCCUAGGAUAUUGGAUCGCAAAUCCUGUUUGGAUUGUCUCUUCGCGCAAGCUUAGCAACUGAAUGUGAAUCUACAGAUUCGUCCAGUGAAAGUUCCUCUCCCGAAACCGCGAGGUAAUCUAUUCAUUUUGGAGUAUCUUUCUCAUCUCUCCCUCGGUGUUUCCUCUUAUCUCUCUCUCGAAAUGCUUUCUUUCGUUCUCUCCCUCCCUCUACAUGUAUUCUUCGCAUGCGCAUCUCCGCCGUAUGGAGUCCUCGGGAGUCGUCCCCUGGGGUCCCGCGAGUUUCUCGGGGUGUAGGCGUGACGGGCAGUUUCACACGACACGGUUUACGCCAGCAAGAAAGCGAAAACGCGGGAGAAGAUUUCAGGUGUUGAGACAGAAGCCGGUGUGAGGGAGACAGCAGACGCAGCCUCCCCACCUUUGCCGUGGCAGUGGAACCUUCAUCAGCUCGACGCGCCGGCUACCUUACUGACUACGCGCUGCUCCUCCACUCCUGGAAAAAAAACUAUGUCAUGCGUGUCUCAGCCACACCUCUACCCUUCCUAUACACUCUUCUUUCUCUCAACCUCUACUUAAAUGUGCA